AUGGCAUCCGCGGUACGAAUUCGACCAAGCAACAGUCCCCCGACCGCUGAUGAGAUCCCUCUCGCUGCCAGUAGCCCCGGGAGCAAUUAUGUGGCUGCUGUAUGGCCAUCGCAGGCCUGGGAACUGAGCCAACCUUUAGGGACUAUCAGUGUAGGAACACCCUUCACGGUUCUCCUUGCGACAACAGACGUAACAUCGUCGUGGUUGUCAGAAUUCAUCAACACUACGGAGUUGAAACUCACCGGGUCUAUACAGGAGGGAAACACCUUGCGAGUCAUAUCCUUGGGUUGCAAUUUAGUGCACCCUGCGCCGAGCAAUGGGUUAGCGGUACUUUCGCUCGAUUUCUCAACAGUAAGAGAUACGGUGCAUCGGCAAUUCGGUAGUUGGGAUGGAGAUCAGACUGGCCUUGACGUGUUUGACCAUGAAGCUGGUCUUCUCUUCGCUGUCCAAAGUACAGCCACGGCUCAGCCAGUGCCAUUUGGUAGCGUAAUUGAAUUAAGUGGUAUUCAUAUUUCAGCCUGGGCCAUGACGUUGCUCGAUGCCAUCCAUUUACGUCUUCGGACCGCCGAACCAGCAACUUCCACGACGUCUUCUUCAACAUCAAUUACGCCCGCUAGAAAUGGACUGUGGGUGUUUCCUGUACAAAGGCGCACUGUAUUGCGACUCGAAUUCGAACUCGAUACUAGCGAACUUCCCAAGGAUUUGAUUAAAUUCCUGCCAGCCCACGCCUUGCAAGACUUAGUUCUAAGUUUUCGAAAAACAGCGCAUUUUAGCCUUCUGCGUGACAAGCCAGAAAUUGAAGGAGAGCUUUUUCUAGCCAGUCAGAUUGUGUUUGAAGUUGACAAGGAUCUAAAAUCUUCUUUUCAAGACGUCAAGCUUGAUUUCUAUAUCUUGCUCUCCCUCAAUGGCACAACAUUCAAAAUUCACAACGAAUGUAAAGUCUCUUUUGAAGACAUGGUUCUUGUUAUGGGGGAACAUCUGGAAAAAGAACUACAAGCAGUGGGGUUGAAGACUGGGUUGGAUGAGGUGAAGAGCCGUCUCAUAGCUCACUUGACGCAUGAGGGUAAUAGCGAUUUCGACAUUCAUUGGCGUGAAUUUGCCAUGACAAUUUCAAAGGAUACGCUAGUCGGCGUAUCCCUAUUGCUUGAAGUAGAUACACCCUUUGGUGUAGAUGAGGGCAAGCAGUCGGCUUUUCUGUUCAGUUUCCAAUGGUCGCCCAGAAGUAACAAUAUCAAGCUUUCUGGUAAAUUUUGGCCUGUACCGGCUCCGGAGCACCGAAACACCGAAAAAAUGCCCAUAGAUCGCCGCCUGAAUCCUAUAGAUGAGGGCCAUUCCAUCAUUCAGCCAAUGUCCUCCAACGCACAAAGCGUGCUCAACUUGACAAAAUUGUACCCGGGUUUUUCACCUGGCAAGCUGCCACAUUGGAUUCCAGAUGAGAUCACCCUCCUUGAAGUGACCUUGUCUACAACGGAUAUUGAUUUUACGAUUAAUCUAAAUUCACAGUCCACUCCAGAUGACUCACCCGGACUACCUUUUGACGAGGAUACCAUGUUUUCUAUCUCUUUCCAUUACACAUUGGGCCAGCCAAAGUCAGCCGUGUUGUCCCUCAAAGCCGGUAUGAGCUUAUAUGCACCGGAAUCGUUCGUCGAUAUUGACCCUUGCCUGUUUAAUGUUGGUGUUGAUUACGAAAAUUCCAAAUGGACGGUAUCUGCUAGCGCAAAAAACGUCCGAUCGGCCAACCUACAUUCUUUACUUCCCCAAAGCGUUCGAGAUAAUAUUAUCAGCAUGAUGCCCAAUGUCUAUGUACCAGGUCUUUUUGUUGACUACGCAUGGGGUGGACCUGAUCCCAGUCAGCUGUCAGUAUCCGGGUACCUUGUUAUUGGUGGAUUGCUCCUGUCAGUCUACUUUCAACACACUAGUGAUGGAUCCUGGGGACUUGUUGCCAAAUUGAAUGCAGAACCUUCGAAGGCCGCCGGUGAGAAGACCACGAUAAAAGAUCUGAUUGAAGACAUGAUGGGCGACGAUGCCGAAAGCCUAUUACCAGCGUACGUCAACAAUGUGGAGGUUCCAUUGGAUGAUCUGGAAGAUGAUGGCAUCACUCUCCAUAUCAUGAAAUCAGAGGCAGGUCCCAUAUUCCUAUUUUCUGUGCGUCUCAAGUCUGUUCAUUUCGACUUUGUGCAAAUUCCCGGUGAUGACAAAGAUCUGCCUAAGAGACUACUCAGACUAUCAUUACAUGCCUUUCCGGACGUACCUGAUAUACCACUGGUAGAUCUAACCAAUGCAAAAUUGCCUCAUUUGGACAAUAUCACGCCCACAUUCUCGCUCGAUGGUCUCGCUGUUUCGUACGACCGCAGCCCAGUUCAUAUCUCAGGUCUCUUCUUACAUCAGAAGACCGCAAACGCCAAUACCUUUGCUGGUGGAGUUGUCAUCGGGCUAUCAAAGUAUACGUUUGCCGCCGUGGGCGCGUAUAGCGAGGUGACACCCGAUCCUCCACAAAAGCCAUUCAAAUCAUUCUUUGUGUUUGGAGCCAUGACUGGACCAUUGAUGCACUUUGAAUUUGGGGAAGUUCGCGGGAUUUCUGGGGGCUUCGGAUAUAACUCAUUUGUUACACUCCCUGAUGUCUCGGCUGUAUCACAGUUCCCUUUCUUAUCCAUGAUGAAUUCCGACACUUCAGACCCUCUCACAACGCUACAGUCAUUUACUUCCGGAGAUACAAUAAAAUCUCAAACAGAUGCACUUUGGCUGGCAGCAGGGUUGAAGCUGCGUAUCUUUGAGGUAAUUGAUGUGAGCGCUGUGGUAUCAUUGCAGCUGUCACAAGGCGACCCAGUUCUGGCUAUAUUAGCGGAUGCCACCGCAAUGGUGCCCCAAAGUGCCAAGUCAGCGGAAGAUGCUUUUGCUCUCAUUGACUUCGGCGUUGUUGCAACGUUAGAUCUCGGCCACGGAACACUCAUCGUCCAGGGCCAGAUCAACCCUCAGUCAUUCGUUCUGAGCCAUGCAUGCCACCCAACUGGCGGCUUCGCCUUAUGCGUUUGGUCUGAGGAUUCUGGACAUGGAGGCGAUCUGGUCUUCAGUGUCGGUGGUUUCCACCCAGCAUUUGCCCGGCCUUCUCAUUAUCCAAAUCCUCCGCGAGUAGGAAUUUCUUGGAUCUUUGAUUCUCACAUCAGCAUCACUGGUGGAGCAUAUUAUGCUAUUACUCCAGCUGCUAUUAUGGCCGGAGGUACCCUGCAAGCCUUGUUCUCUAUGGGGUCGCUUUCAGCGCACUUCGAUGCACAUGCAGACUUUUUAGUAAAUUUUGAGCCCUUUCACUACCAGGCCUCGGUUGGUAUAAUGGCAGGAGUCUCUUAUGAGUUAAAGGUAUGGUUUAUCACUAAAAAGUUUAGUAUUGAACUGGCAGCCGAUCUGGAUAUUCAUGGUCCUCCAAUGGCGGGKGUGGCCCAUUUCAGUUUCUGGGUGAUGAGUUUUGAUGUGUCAUUUGGAUCAUCGCAACCACAUGUUGACCCCAUAACACUGCAAGCAUUCUGGGAUAUGUUAUCAAAGGGAACGCCUGGGAAUUCCAACCAUAUAAUGACAAUCGAAAGCGGAUUGAUCCCGUCUAUGACUGAAAAGGAUGAUGGUAUAAAAAAAAAGGAACCCAUCUCCCUGGUCCGCGGUGGCAGUCUGCAAAUAGGGGUCUACUCUCGCAUACCCAUCAACCGCGCGACUUAUCCUGGCAUUCAGGAUCUGAAAAACGACAUUGCUAUCUACAACCGUCCAAUGCAAUUGACCGACACUAAAAUGGAUUCGAGAAUCGAUUUCAUAAUCGAACCUCUGCCGGAAUCUGCUUUUUCGCUACAGCCUAUUGUAAAAGACGUACCGACAUCUAUCUGGGGAAACUACAAUGUCUCUGAGCAAGCUCUGCUGGUGGGUAACACACCCAAGACAAUUUCACAUACUAUGGGAGUCCGUCUGGUCGCACCGGAUGCAAUACGGUCCGGGGACAAAUUGCCUCAAUUGGAUUCUGAAUUCUUUGGAAAAUCAUGCGAAAUUGACGGUGAUCUCCAUCUCUCCGAAAAGCCGUACGUCUAUUCGCUUCUGAAAUUAGACAAGACAUUGCACACGGAUCCAGUCACAACACCAACUGCCACAGACUCGGCAACGAUACCUUCGGUUUCAGCUGACUCCUCCAACAACAAUUCUGGCCAGACCUCUCAGGCCCAUGAGACAUCAGCUGAACAAAAAGUCAAGGACAGUCCACCUACAACUGAGCAACCAAAGAGAGCAACUCCACCCGACGACGCUUUCACUUCAGCCAAGGACGCGUGGAAGGAUACGACGCAGCGCUCAGUCGAUCUAGGCAAGAUACUCCGUGUUUUCGCACUUGAGGUGGCGGACCAGCUCGCCUUUGGAGCGGCACAUGCUCCGGGCAUGCAACCGAAUUCAGGUUGGGCGGAGUUGGAAGCUCUCGCAAAACCGCCAAUGCGGUACAUUGAUCACAUGGAAGAGUACUACCUGCAACCGCCUCAGGUACUAGUCUGA